ACAUUGAGCAUCAAGCGCUGCCAGGUCGAUUUAGCUUCCGCAACACAUUACUUUUUUUAUAAAUUCGACAGUUUUAUUAAACAAAGGCUAAUCAACUUAGAUAAAUGCAAGUGCAAAAGCAUCGUUUAAAAUAUGAGUCGAAGGGCAACACAAGAUCAAAAUGAUAUUUCGCGAAUCAUUGGAACUCUACCGAAACGGCUGCAGAGAAAAAUCGCUGAAAAUGCUGAGGGAACCACAGCCACAACACCAUCGAUGACGACGACUUCAAGGCCAAUAACCAUAUUGACUAAGUCAUCGUUAUUAACAUCGACAUCAUCUGUUGGUGAUCAGGCAAAACCUUUGGUCAAAGUACCCAUCCUACAGGUGAGCGAGCAAGGAAAUAAGCCUAGGGACAAGGAUGUAGCCAUUCGAUGUGUUGGCUCAUCCAAUUGCAUACCAGGAAUUCUUCGUGUUACCGCUCCCUCUGCGGCCUCCGCUGCAGUUGCUCAUUCCGGACGUCGACGUCGUCGCCAGCAUCAUGUGGGCAAGGACAAAGAGCAGAAACCAAUGUCACCAUUGCCACGUGUGCGCCUUACCACCGAUCAUCCGGAAUGGUUCGAGAACCUUCUAACGAUGCCGCAAGAUAAAAAAAUUAUUCAGUUGUACGAUCAAUUGAUGGUAUUGCAGCAGCGCAAUCUUAUACUAAUAAAUUGGAAAAAUUUUUGCUGCUUGCAUGAACAACUUCAGGAUUGCUUCAAGCGUCUUUUACUGGAGCAAUUGAAAUUCGUGUGCGAGCACAAAGUAGAUGCCUUCUUUUGGAAAUUGCUCUUUUACAAUGUGAGAGAAUACAUGAUGCGACAACAUUCGGAGUUGGCCAACACUCACAUGCUUAUGCUUAUGGAGCAGACAAUUAAAUUCUAUCAUGUUGGGUAUGAGAAGCUAAUGGUCAAGUACAAGGCCUCUUCCCGCUGCGAGAGCGCAGCCAAGGUGGUGGGUCAGCGACUUCUCAUAUGUCUGGGUGAUCUAGCACGGUAUCGGGCAAAUCAUUUGCAGACCUCUGAUUACCUCGAGGCAGGCAAAUACUAUCAAAAAGCCCAAGAGUUGGUGCCUGGCAAUGGAACGCCGUAUAAUCAAUUGGCUGUUAUUGCUAUUUAUCAUCAUAAACGCUUUGAUGCUGUAUAUUAUUAUAUGAGGAGUCUUCUGACCUCUAAUUCUGUACAGACGGCUAAGGAGAGUCUUCUUGAUUUAUUCGAUGAAAUACGCCGUAAAUAUGAUGACACCGAAAUGAAGCAAUCUCCAAUGCAUUGUGCAUCUAAUUCAACACCCAAAAAGACCACGAAGCAAAUGCGCAAAGAGGUCUGGAUCUAUCCUGAUGGCAUACGUUGUUUACAUCGCACCAAUGUCAAACCCAAGAUCAAGAACAAGGCCACGCCUGCCGAGGUAAAUCGUUAUGAUGAAAUGCCAACGGAGGAGCUAUUGCUACGCAUUCUAUCGCUUUACUUGUACUUGAUUGGCAAACUCUACACGGGCACUGAUGUGGACUGUUUGUAUUUGUUAUUGAGGAAGUUCCAAAUUCAGCUAAGUGCAGCUCUAAAAUAUGAUAAUCUAUUAACACGUUCCAAAUUGUUGAAAAUGGUGGCACUAAAUGUCUUCGUCAUUGAGCACAAUAAGCGCAGUACAGCACGUCGUGAGAUGCGUUAUCAUAGCUUUAAUUUUGCCAAUUCAUUCUUUGGACUAAUGCUUGGGAAAGUGAAUCAGUUGCUGAGUGGCAUAUUGGAAGAGUCUGUUGACUUUCAGUCUAUAUCAGAUGAAGAGUUCACUCUGGUUAACACUUAUCUUCAGUUUGUUAGAAUUUAUGUGCGUUGGCUAACUAUUAAUGUCAAUCUAUGGGAACCUGUGCGCACGGAGGAGCAUUCCUUCAUCGAUUGCUGGUUGGAAUUGCAAACGCUUUUCGACAACAUUGAAUGCCUGAAUGGCAAAUUUCCCAAUAAAUUUGAUCGUAUUUGUUCAACAAUCGUUCUGGAUGAAGAUGUCGUGCUGAGUGGCUUUGAUCCUUUGGGCCGGCAGUGUGUUAGUCGCGAAGGCAAUCAACGUGUUUCCGAGCGCAAUCAGUUUUUGGAGCGCAUUGCGAAAAUUUCUGAUUUCCAGUAUGUUUAUCGGGAGAACCAAAAGUCAUUGCAACAGCCACUCGAUUCGAGUUUCACCAUCGAAGAUAUAAAUGCCGCAAUGAAAGUUGCACUUAAUUGUUUCGAUGUGACUGAUGCAGCAGAUGUCAAUAACUGUCCAGUGGAACAAAACGAGAACGUGUGCGAAAUUGAAGACACUUUGUGUCCUUCCAUGGAUGCUGAUGUUUCGGAAUUGUGCCGUCUGAAAAAGGAACUCGAGGCAAAGGCCAAGGUCAAGCAAAUCUGUUCUAUCCGUUUGGAGGAAAUCCUUAAAUUUGUCGACACCAAAUUGUAUAUAGAGGUUCGUCCGCGUUACCUUUUGCCUGACACGAAUUGCUUCAUUGAUUGUCUCGAGGAUAUUGAGAAAUUGUCCAUGGAUUAUAAGCGCUACACUCUGGUCAUUCCGCUGACAGUUGUGAAGGAACUGGAUGGACUUUCCAAGGGCGUCAAGUUGGAUUCGAGUUUUAAGCAGACAAAACGCAUCCAUCAUUUCGAUGAAGUAUCGACACGUGCCAAAAAGUCCAUGGAGUUCAUCAAGUCCGCUAAGAAUAAUGUGAAAUGUGCUACCACCAAGGGAUCUUUUGUAAAUGCUUCCGUUUUUGCUUUGGUCGAGGAGGAGUAUCUCUCCAACGAUGACAAAAUACUGGCUACUGCUGUUGCAGUCUCAAAAACAACUAGUUCAGAACAGUGCAGGGAUGGCAAAUGCUUUAUACAAACCGAACUUGUACUCAUUACCACCGAUCGUAAUUUACGCGUUAAAGCGCUGACACGUAAUUUGGCUGUCAGCGGUUUGGAUGAGUUUUUGCAAUGGGCCAAGGAUAGCAGUGAAUCAACCUGAGAAUCAAUUGGGAUUGUGACUUGUGGAUUCGUCCUGGCAAAUUGUUGAUUGGGAGGUUCAUCUACUUACCACCUGGGUUGCGUGUGAAACAAGCUAAAAUUGUCUAACUUCAUAUUACACAUGAUGUGACUAUGUAUGUCGUGGUCAGCAAUUCCUGACACACUGUCGUAUGUAUAACCAGAGAGAGGGAGAGAGACGUGAGUUAUUCGAUGGCUUGGCGUGGGCAUAAACACAGGUGCGUUAGCUGAUGCCCGGGUGACGUUUUUGUCUAACCAAACCAUGUGGUCUUCCACAUACAAAACAAGUUAUUUCUUUUUCCGUUUCUUCAAAUGUGCAUUUUGUGACUUUCAGUAAAAAAUAAAAAAAAAUAUUUGGAUGCCAUUUA